AUGCUAUCUCGUCUUGAGCAUCUUUCUACAAUGGAAAGGUUGGCAAAUGUACGGCGUUCCAAAAUUAAGGAUAUGAGUGCUGAGGUGGUUGAUAGCAACCCUUACAGUAGACUUAUGGCACUUCAAAGGAUGGGAAUCGUGGAUAACUAUGAAAGAAUUCGGGAAUUUUCAGUUGCCAUAGUGGGUAUAGGUGGUGUCGGUAGUGUUGCUGCUGAGAUGCUCACGAGGUGUGGCAUAGGUCGACUUCUGUUGUAUGACUAUGAUAAAGUGGAGUUAGCUAACAUGAAUAGGCUUUUUUUCCGCCCAGAGCAGGCUGGCAUGACUAAGACGGAUGCUGCUGUCCAAACUCUCUCGGACAUAAACCCUGAUGUUGUUCUAGAGAGCUAUACAUUGAAUAUCACAACAGUGCAAGGUUUUGAAACCUUCAUGUCAAGUCUGAAAAAUAAAUCAUUUCGUCCAGAUAAAGAAGGUCUUGGAGUUGAUCUUGUUUUGAGCUGUGUAGAUAAUUAUGAAGCAAGGAUGGUGGUAAAUCAGGCCUGCAAUGAGUUGAGUCAAACAUGGAUGGAGUCUGGCGUAUCUGAGAACGCAGUUUCUGGUCAUAUACAAUUGCUGGUUCCAGGCGAAACUGCAUGUUUUGCAUGUGCACCUCCGUUGGUUGUGGCAUCAGGAAUUGAUGAACGUACACUGAAGCGCGAAGGGGUUUGUGCAGCAUCUUUGCCUACCACAAUGGGAGUUGUUGCCGGGCUUCUUGUUCAAAAUUGUCUUAAAUACUUGCUGAACUUUGGAAGCGUCACACCUUAUUUGGGUUACAAUGCCCUCAAAGACUUCUUUCCAACAAUGGAAAUGAAGCCAAACCCACAAUGUUCUAAUGCGGCCUGUUUGGAGAGACAGAAAGAAUACGUUCUUGCAAAACCAGACAGGGAUGCCGCUACCAAAGCGAAAAUGGAGGCUAAAGAAAUAGUAGAACCUAGGGCCCUCCAUGCAGAUAACGAAUGGAAUAUAAGUGUUGUUGAUGAUAGUGAUGUACAAGACUCAAAUGGCAGCCCAGGUGCUCUGCCGGAAGGCCUUGUUCACGAGCUUCCAAGUGCAGAUGAGUUUCAUAAACCGCAUGUUUCGGAGGGAACCACCUCAAAUGCCGAUGACCUUGAAGAACUGAAACGGCAGCUCGAAGCCCUCAAUGCGGACUAG